AUGGGUUCGGCUUCCAUGUUUGAUGGUUCUAUUCUGGCAGCCAUUGAAAAUGUACUGGUGGUCACUAUUCAGUACCGCCUCACUGGAGACCAGCAUGCCACUGGCAACUGGGGCUACCUGGACCAAGUGGCCGCCCUACGCUGGGUCCAGCAGAAUAUCGCCCACUUUGGAGGCAACCCUGAUAGAGUCACCAUAUUUGGCCAGUCUGCAGGUGGCACUAGUGUGUCCUCACUUGUGGUGUCUCCAAUGUCCCAAGGACUCUUCCAUGGUGCCAUCAUGGAGAGUGGGGUGGCCCUGCUGCCUGACCUUAUCACCAGCUCAUCUAAAGUUGUCUCCACAAUGGUGGCCAACCUGUCUGCCUGUGGGCAAGUAGAGUCAGAGGCCCUGGUGAGCUGCCUCAGGGGCAAGAGUGAACAGGAAAUGCUGGCUAUUACUAAGACCUUCAAGAUCAUUCCUGCUGUGGUGGAUGGGGCCUUCCUACCCAGGCACCCCCAGGAGCUUCUGGCCUCUGCUGAUUUUCAACCUGUUCCGAGCAUCAUUGGUGUCAACAAUGAUGAAUAUGGCUGGAGCAUUCCCAUGGAGUACAUGGGAGACAACGAGGACCCCCACACCCUCCGACUCCAGUUCCAGGAGAUGAUGGCGGACUUCAUGUUUGUGAUGCCUGCACUCCAAGUAGCACAUGAUCAGAGUUCCCAUGCUCCUGUCUACUUCUAUGAGUUCCAGCAUCGGCCCAGCAUGUUGAAGUACAUGAAGCCACCACAUGUGAAGGCUGACCAUGGUGACGAGAUCCUCUUUGUCUUUGGUUCCUUCAUCAGUGGCAUGAGUGUUGAGCUCACUGAGGAGGAGGAGCUGCUGAAAAGGAGGAUGAUGAAGUACUGGGCCAACUUUGCUCGAAAUGGGAUUCUAGAAGAUUUGACAACUCCUGGUUAUGGGCCUGUGUCCCUAGCGGCCCAGAUGCCCAAAAGAGCCCUUCCAGGUCCACAGCUGGACAUCCAGCCUGCUGUGGGCCUGGCCCUGAAGGCCUACAGAUUGCAGUUCUGGACCAAGACUCUGUCUCAGAAGAUCCAGGAGCUAAAAAGGGCUAAGGACAAAUCCACAGAGCUCUAG